CUGCUGUUUCAGGAGACCAACCCCGGCGUGCGGUACCAGUACACCAUCCAGCGCCCGGCGGACAGCGAGAACGAAAUCGAGCAGGCGGAGGUCUUCUGGCGCUCUGGCCCCUGGCCCACCUGCCCCGCCACGUGCGGGACCGGGGUGCAGCGGCAGAUCGUGCACUGCGUGGAGAAGCUGGCCGGCAUUGUGGAGGAGCGGUACUGCGAUGCGCUCACCCGCCCCGACGACCAGCAGAGGACAUGCAGCGAGGAGCCCUGCCCGGCCAGGUGGUGGGUCGGCGAAUGGCAGAAAUGCUCGGCCUCCUGCGGCCAGUCGGGGCUGAUGAAGAGGACGGUGCUCUGCAUCCAGAGCGUGGGGCUGGACGAGCAGAGGGCCUUGCAGCAAGCAGACUGCCAGCACCUCUCCAAGCCAGAUGCCACCGCACCCUGUCACCGGGAGGUUCCCUGUCCCUCCCCGUGGGCCGUGGGGAACUGGUCCGAG